CUUCGCUCGACGAAGAGUGUGACGUGUGGUGCGUAUAACGCUGAGUUUCUUGACGUUUGUGUAGUUUUUAAUGUGAAUAAUGUGAUUGUGUAGUUCGUUAUGGCUUAUAAGUACCGUGAAGAUUUAGUUGGCAAACGAUUUCUCGCUGUGAGUGGUGUGACAAAAAUUAACGUGAAUAAAGUUUCCGAAUGGGGAUGGAAAGCUGGUAUUAUCAGAGCAGCAUCGCUCAAAGAUAACAAGAAUAAGGAGCUUCAGGUGUUAGUGGAAUACGACGGUGUAGAUUGGCAACGUCGCGAGUGGGUGGCUGUUUAUUCACGACGGACGUUUCGUGUUUUUUUAGUGGAAAGAACUCUUGUUUGGGCUCCUAGAAAACACGAAGGAAAAGACGUCAAAUGGCCGGCUCUGACGUUCAUGCCGUUGGCAGCUGACCUGACGCUGCAGGCCGACGCCCAGCCGGUGGAAUUCCUUCAUGACAAACACCUGGAGUUCUUGGAUUAUGCCAACCUACUUCCUUAUCAGGAAUGGGACCCUAACCAAGCGGGAGCAGACGCUGGUCUUGAUGCCGCAUUGCUCUCCACUUUGUCUUCCGAGGCCGCAGACUGGCGAACCAUACAAGAUGGCCAGCGUAUCCUGACCACUACUCCUUCGGUGUUGGGAGGCUGUAGAGCUCAGGUCUACCGGUCGGCUGGUGCCACACAAUGGUAUACUGCCGUCAUCGUUGGAGUCAACGAGCAUACUGGGGAGCUGACUGUAACAGAUGAUACAGUUUUGGAGGAGCACAGCGAAGACCCAUCGCUGGUGCAGAUGAGACUCCUAGGCGAUGGAGUAAUCGAAUCGAUUAUGAAGGGAGAGGUGGUGGGCGUAAUGCCACGAAGAUCCCGCUCCAACCUCCAAAGAGUGGAGCGCGAGACCACAAAAAGUCCAGCGACUACCGGUGGCAGGAAGAAAUCAUCGGCCGUGAGAAGCAACGGGCAAAUUGCACCCACCGAGCCACCUCCGCAACCUGCAGUACGCGUCGUGUCGGUCGCACGUCGCCUCGCCGCCACGUCGCGUCGCUCGUGCGUUUAA